AUGGAGAAUAAAGUAAGCGGCCAGACAGCAACAAUUGACGUGGGUUUGAAGGUACUACUACAACUAGUCGUAGUCGUACUGGUACUAGUCUAGUCACCUUUAUUAGUAAUCAAGUCAGAUACUUCUAGAGUUCAAGAUACUAACUUGUCUUGUUGAUGUUGUAGUCUAAUUUUGCCAGGUUGUAGAGUUAGUUCUUGUGAUUUUUAUCAAGUUGAAUCUGCGCGUCGUUUUUCUGAAUGAAUUGCCUCCACCAGCGAGCUCCUCAUCCUUUGAUGUUGUUCAACAACGCAACUACUUCCAGUCCUUGCUUCCUCGCAAUGCCUUGGAAAGGAAUGGAGUGGACAAGUUUGUCACAAGUCGGAUCGGCGACGAGGGCAGACAGAUGUCGGCUGCGAAAAGAGAGGAGGCUGCUGAGUUAGAUCCUGUCGGAGCUUAUUUCCGCAAUGCUCAACAGAGAGACUCAUUUUAAGACAGAUUUUCGACUUCACCUGAUAGAUACUGAUUAUCCAUGUCCAUCUUUCAAGUCUGCUUAUUCUAGAACAUCCUCUCGUCGCUGGGAAACGAAAACUUCUUCUACAUCUACAGGGACCUCUACAUUAACUUCUACAUCAAGUACAAAUGUUUAUGUAGAUAUUCUUAUUCAUCUUAUUCGGUUGUUACAGUUACACGACAAGGUCCUCCUCUAAUCAGUCCGCAAGAGUCGCAUACGCAGUGACGUAGUCCGCGACAUUGGAGGGAUGGACACGGAUCAAACCGCAUACUACCUCGAUGUGGGCAGGCGAGGAAAGCACGCGCUUCCUACCAAAGGACUCUACAACGAGACUAUCUAUUUUAACGCUCUGGAUGCUGCUGGGAAGUCGGAGAACGAUCUAGGCCAGUUCUCUGAUUGGAUUUGGCGAGAAAAGAAAACCAUCGACAACGUUCUUCACGGAGAUAAAACGAGGUUGGAAAUGUUCUUCUAUCCGGAAGGCGAAGAGCAAGAAGACAAGGAGCAAGAGGACGACCAGGGAACUGGGACUGAGACGGAAACUGAAGUACUGGACCACGGAGGAGAAGGUGUAUUGAACGCUCGUCGUGGGGCUUCAUCUGCAGACAAGGACGUGGCAGCAGCUGCGAAGGGAAAUCAUGAAACUUCUAGUACCAAGAGUCGUAAGUUGAGUACGAGAGUGAGAAGUGAAGAAGCUCCCGAACGGGAACGUCUGUUGCCACGGGAAGACGAGGAUGAGAAUAAGUUUGAAGAUCCGAUAGACAAGAUCAAGAAAUCCGAACUCGCUUUGGUGAGCAGGAGGCCAAAGAAAGAACGACUACUACCACCACCAUCAGAUCAUGAGGAAGACGAGGAAGUAGUAGAGGAAGCAGUUUCUCCGGUUGCUGGUGGUGCCUUAGAUAAGUUGAUAGCGGAUUUACGAGACAGAGCUGACAGAGUUGGAGACGGGAAGGACUCGCAGGUGGAAGAUUCUGAUAUUUUUCCGCCGCCUAGGCCUACAACUACAAGUUCAUCUGGGACCAUGAAGCAGAACCGCAUCCAGCAAAUAGAAGCUGACCUACUUGGCGAAGGGUCUGUUGAGUACCCCUUCAUGCCCAUGGAUGGUGGAUCUUCGUCACAAGCGUCUUCAAAGACGUCAACGUCGAGUAAAAACACAUCAGAUUUAUCAAAUUCAAGCUCGAGCUCAUCUACAUCUGUUGAUGUUGCUGCAGAUGACAGCUCUUCGAGGACUUCUCUUGUCCCAGAGCUAGAGGACAAGAAAAGCGUCUUCAAGAGAAGUGCUCCUGCGAUAAUUGACGACAUCCUUGCUAAGAAGAAAAGAUCUUCCACGCCAGUAUCUCUAGCUCAAGCUCAUGUUGACGUUGAAUAUGACAAGACUCCUCUUAACGACCAGGAGACCAAGACCACGGACGUCGAGCAGGACAAAAGGAUGUCCACCCUUUCCGAUGGCAAGAACAAUUUCGAAGGGCGGCAUGCAGCCGGGAACAACGAGGAGCACGCUGUCCGACUGGAGCGCGAACUAGCCUCCCUAAGAGCCGACCUGGAUAGGACAGUGAAGAAACAGGAAGAAGACUCCUCAAAUAGAGACAAAAAGCACUCGAACAAGAAGAACAAAAAAGAACGUAGUCCGAAGAAGAAAUCUUCCACGACUUCUACAAGUUCAGCUUCAGAAGAAGUUGUGAGGAAUCUUCCAAAUACUACGUCUACCACGUCGUCGUUCGCCUCCGGAGCCUCUUCUCCUAGUAAGAAGAAAGACUUCCUCUACUACCGGGAGAAGUUUUCCGACGUUCCUCUUGCGAAUCAAAUCGAGCUGAACAGGGAGCAAGGGAGACGCUUCUGGGGCGAUAAGAUUCGCGACUUAGAGUCGCAGAUCGAAGAAAAGAAUCGUCUUCUACUCCGUGCAGUCCAAACGCCGAACAUGAUCAGCGUCCGCGGUGGCCCUCCUCUCAAUGAGGAUCCUGCAGCCGGCUUAACAACCGGAGGCGAGGUCCGUGCUACCGAUAUCAACAAGAUCGUCGCGAAGAUUAUGGCUGCAGUAAAUGCAUUUGCAUCUCCUCUUCAGGCAUCUGCUUGGUCCCGUUUCGAAAGGGGAAACGGGGACCAGGAAGAUGCCUGCCUAGCCCUUGCAGAUGAGGAUGCUGCAGAUGGUUCUUAUGGAUUUGGAUUUAUGACAGUUCUAACAAGAAUGUCCGAGAAGUGAUGGAUUCCAACUUACGGGAAUUUCUGCAUGAGGAAUUGCACCAGAAGCGCGUGCGUGACUUGCAGGAAGUCACGGCUGGGCUGAAGAAGUUGGAGACGGAGGAAACGUGUACUAAGGUUCGUGGCAUGUUGAACGAGUUGAUGGAGUUGAGAAAACGGCCAGAGUUCGGAUCCUACUACAGAAACAGUGGAAGAUUACGGCUAGUACCACGACUUCUGAAACAUCUUCCUCAGCAUCAUCCUUGCUUCUUGUUUUUCUAUAAACUUGAAAAAGAGUAAGCCAACUUCUCUCCAAGAAGCAGGAUACCAUUUAUUACUCUCUUCAAAGAGCAGGAUCAUGAGGAAGACGUUGCGAAGAACGCGGGACUAGAUCUAAGAAGAGACGGAAACAUCAAUAGCUUUGGUUUCGAGCUGCCAAACGAAAAGCAAAUGCACGAAAUGCACAAAAAGUUUGUCCAAGAAUUCGCGUCUCGUGGAUCCUUCAACCCUUUACUGGAAAAAGAAGCAAGAGCGGGUCUGGACGAUCUAGAUGGGAAUGACCAGCAUCCCGAAGGUCCUGGCAUGGGAGGUGGCGGAAUGUUACGCAUCGCUCUUGAAACAUUUCAUUUAUAG